UGGCGAUUGGCGAGGGGGCGGGUGCAGCGGGAGGGUGUCGCAAUCGCCGCCCGCCCGCCCGCCGCACGUUAAAGAAAGAGGCUCGGGCCGGCCCGGCCCCUCCCGCCGCCGCCACCGUCGCCGCCCGCUCGCUGCCACAGGUUCACCUUGCCCUUAAUUCAUGUGAAGACCUGUUGGAAACACCUUCUAGAAACGUUAACAGUUUUCAGUCUCCUAAUAAAUUCUCUUGUGUCCAAGAAGAGCCUGUCCAAAUGAGCAAGACAUCCCAACAGAACACCGCUACAGAUGCGAAUGGAGUAAGCGUGAUUCACACCCAAGCACACACCAGUGGUUUGCAGCAGGUUCCCCAGCUGGUGCCCGUUAGUCCUGGUGGUGGAGGCAAAGCUGUGCCUCCGAGCAAACAGGGAAAGAAAAAUUCCUUUGUGGAUAGAAACAGUGAUGAGUAUCGUCAGCGCAGAGAACGAAACAACAUGGCAGUGAAAAAGAGCCGGUUAAAAAGUAAGCAGAAAGCCCAAGACACGCUGCAAAGGGUGAACCAGCUCAAAGAAGAAAAUGAACGUUUAGAGGCAAAAAUUAAGCUCCUGACCAAGGAACUGAGUGUACUGAAAGACUUGUUCCUCGAGCACGCGCACAAUCUUGCAGACAAUGUGCAACCUGUUGGCACUGAAACCACCACAACAAAUCCAGAAAACAGUGGACAGUAGACACUGCUGCAGCCUUACGAAAUGAACUCUCGAGGUGCAGCUUGUCUGCAAUGCCCAUGCAGUAACCAAGCAAAAAACUGUUCUUCUAACCAUCAUUUUGUGGAGAUUUUCUUCUUUUUAGGUUUAACACUGAGAUUUGAUACAAUUAAACCAGAAACUGCUUAGGGUAUUUGUUUUAAAUAUUUUUCUCCUCUAAAAGAUUUACCGAAUAAAUGCAGAUCUAAAUUCAUAGUUAACAAGGAGCUUAGUAUUGAGGAAAUAGCAUUUUCACAGAAAUGUUCAGUUUGCAUACUGGGAGGAAUCCAACAGGAUGGUUCACUGUAGUGUCAGAAAUUUGUAAUGGGAUAAAGUGUCUUUUAAAAUAAGACCUUUUAGUAUAUUUAAGCCCUAUGUUUUCUCCAUUACAUAUUACAAAACUGUAAAGGCUCUGUAGGGUGUUGGCUUUCCUGUUUGGUGGACUACUUUAAAUCCGUAGAGCAAGUCCUAUAAAGCACCAUUUAAGUCUUUCCUGUCCAGUUAUAGUUAAUGGGGAGGGUGUAGUAAUAGUGAGCUGGGAUACUUACUGAUGUUUUCUAGAAAAAUAGCAAUACACUAUGAUGCUAUAUACAGGCAGUUGCCUUGCAAACAGUAAGUCUGAAGCAUCAUGUACAAGAGGUAAAGCGGCACAUUGACAAAGCCUUUUAAGCCUGUGUUCACAUUGCUCACAUAGUGACAGGGCCUUACAAGAAGAAGAUUUUGGUUUUCAGAAAAUGUCAAAAUACUACAAAAAAUCUGUGCUCUGCAAAAUUGCAUUCUUGCUGGGGUGCAGGUAUCAAGGAGAACAAAAUGUGCAGCUCGGCUAAGCAACAAAAGGGGUGUUCAGCCAGAAUGUAUGACUCACUGCUUGUUGACAUUCAUUUUCAUGGCUGUUCAGAUUUGCAACCAAGAUCUUACAGAAAUUCAGUGAUUUUAAAAACUAAUGGCCCUCAUUUAAAUAACUGAUUCAGUGGAAUUUCUAUAGCCAUCAUACAGUUGUGUGAAGGAGUAUCUUUAGCCUUGUUUUCUUUUCAGAAAAGUUUUUCUAUAGCAACUUUUUAAAUGCUAGUGCUAAGUCUUUGCAAUGAUCCAUAAUGCAGUUGUAUGUACUAUAUUGAGGAUUUAAACAAUAAAAGUAAAGCAGGAACUUUGAUGUAACCUUAAUUUAUUUUCAUUUUAAAAUAUUUCAUUGACAGUAUGGUUGUGUUACAUUUAACCUGUGUGUCUGGCUAGUGGAUUAUUACACUGUCUUAAUUUCCCUCCCACACUACUUUUUUCCGUAGAUUAUUUUGUAGGAAGCUUGUUUGCCUUGUAUCUGUACCUAGGAAGAGAACUUGGAUAUUAUCUCUAUGAAGAUGCUGUUAGAAAAUGAAAUCUUGAAAAGUUCUUUUUGAAUUUAAAACUUUUAAUACAUGUGGAAAACUUUUAUGGAUUCUUUUGGAUUAUGGUAGUCUUUUUACAAAGAUAUGUUUUUUGGUUCUAGCUGCAGCUUAAGUAGGUAGGGUUGAAAUACCAGAAGCUAAUAAAAACCUUUUGCUUCUA